UGAGUCCCUCCCCAGUUCCCUCAAACCCCAGCCCCUCUGAGCGGUGCAUUGCUUGUUGCUGUGCAGUGUUAGUGUGGCAGAGAGAGACAGGAGACAGGGACCUGCUCUGUUUUUAAAGGGUCACCUCGGGGAUUUUAACAGUGACUAGAUGUCUUGGCCUAAUAAUCUUCAUUGCACUCUAUGGGCCCUCCUGCCCUCUUUUGAGACAACUCUCCUCCCAGAUAUAUUUAUAUAAAAACCCGUUACCAACAUCUUUGCCCUUUAGGAAAUUAUAACAACUACGCUACGAAGUCGAUAUUUUUGUGAUCAAGAGAAUGUCUCAUAUAUCGUUUAAUGCUCCAAAACACUCAGCACAAACAGAUGUUGUUGGGUUCAACCUUCAACUUGUUGGUUGUUUAACUCUAAACUCUUUGACUACGAUGCCGAUGUUGCCAUGGGUGGUAGCAGAGAUAAAGAGAAGAAGUUUAAAGAACUCUAAAAACGUGCAAAACUAUCGUCAGAUUCGCCUAUAUGUGUCGUCAUCAAACAUCUGUUGUGAGCCAGACCUCGGAAACAGUCAACAGUGGGAUCCACUCAUCUGUUCCAGUAUCUUUGAGUACAAGCCACAAUUUGUCCAAAAACUGAUUCACAAUAGCCAAGAUCCGUGUUAUUUUGCUUUUCUGCUAAAAGAAGAAAUUGCUGCAAACCAACAGAGUAUAUGUUAUGUUUUCCAUUCCGAUGAUCAGUCCAAAGUGCCUGAGAUAAUUGGUUCUAUCAGACAAGCUGGGAAAUUGGCACGCCAAGAAGCAAUUCAGUCUCAUUUGUACGAUGCAGAUGAUUCAUUCUCCAAGAAGUUUGAGGUCCUCUUCUGUGGCCGUGUGAUUGUGGCACACAAGAAAGCUCCCCCUGCCCUGAUAGACGAAUGCAUUGAUAAGUUCAAAGAUGUCAGCUGUACCAAAAAAACAGGACUCAACCUGCUCUUGCCUAACUCCGAAACCAGUAUCGGAGAGUCGUUGAGUGGCAAGCUACGAUCAGUUUUCCAGUCAACAUUCAAUGAUCUAGACCAGAACAAAUCUAUGCGCAAGUCACACUCCCAGCCUGGAUUACAAACUAAUUCAUCUUUUAAAAGGGAGUGGAAAGAUGGCAGGUGCAGUCUACCUGGUUCUUUUGAAGAAAAUGAACUUUCAUUGGAUGUGCAAAUGCAAUCUGAAGAUGGUCGGAAUUGUGUGCAGCCAACAGAUAUGGAGGAGAACCAGACUAUGCUAUUCACGAUUGGCCAGUCAGAAGUUUAUCUGAUCAGCCCCGAUACAAAGAGAAUCGUGAUUGAGAAAAGCUUUAAGGAGAUAUCCUUUUGUUCUCAGGGAAUCCAGCAUGUGGAUCACUUUGGUUUUAUCUGCAGAGAACCUUUACAGAAUGGAGGCUGCCAUUUUGUUUGCUAUGUAUUUCAAUGUACUAAUGAAGCACUGGUGGACGAGAUCAUGUUAACUCUGAAGCAGGCCUUCAGCGUAGCUGCUGUGCAGCAGAACUCCAAAGCCCUCAGCCAGUUUUGUGAAGGUUGCCCCAUGCAGUGCAUGCACAAACUCUGUGAGAAAAUAGAAGGUCUUCCUCCAAUAAAAGCAAAACUUGAAUUGCAAAAGCACCUUACAACACUAAACACCCAGGAGCAGGCGUCUGUGUUUUUGGAAAUGCAGAAAAUUCGUCAUCGAGACGAACAGUGUGAAAAUGAACUGAUGAUCUCCAUGCUACGAGGUCUCUAUGAAGAGAAACAGAAGGAGCACAUCCACAAUGACCAAAAACAUGUUUCCCAAGUACCUGAGAACACAUUAAACGAGUUGCAGAGUAACGCCCCUCGAUUCAGACUCGAAAUGUUAACGAGUAAAGCAAAGAAAUCGUUGACGGAGUCAUUGGAAAAUAUUUUAUCUAGGGGCAGCAGGAGCCGAAGUCAGCAAGAGUCACCUGGAAGCAUGGAUGACAACCAAUUGUGCACUCCAUUAGAUGAUAGCAGUAAGGAGCCUUCAUUAUGUGAGACGGAGGAAGAAAUCUCUCCUGAAAUGUCUCUAAAGACUCACGGAUCCAUGGAAGAUUUACCAAAGAACCCGGACAGCUUUCCCUGUGAGCAUCCUGAAGAAUUAUCUCAUCAAGGAUUUCGUCGUCGCGCUAACACUUUGAGUCAUUUCCCUGUCACAACCCACGAAUUUCAAGAGCCAGUCCAGAAAUCCCCAUCUGUUCAGCAGAGAAAGCUUAUGCGACAUCACUCUGUCAGCACAGAGACGCCGCACACAAGAAACUCAAGCAUACCUUUUCGUGAGUCUGAAAGCAUUCUCUCUCAGUCUGAAGAGCACACUCCUCCUCGUCUUCCCACUGCUGCCUCUUCCCCUCUGUUUUUAAAAAGACUAAAGCAUAAUUCUGCUGGGGAGCCAGGUGGUCCAUUUGCACAAAAAAGCCUUUCCUACCGCUCUGCUCUACGCAAGAAACUCCGCUCUUCCUCCUCUGUGCCAAACUUUCUAAAAUUUCUGGCUCCUGUAGCCGAAAACACCACAGCUGACUUUGACUCCAAGAAACGUGACUUUGAAUGUAAAUCUAGCCAUAUCGAUGUGGGGAGUGAAAGUCCUGUAAGAACACGGAGGCACUCGUGGCGCCAACAGAUCUUCCUUCGUGUAGCGACCCCCCAGAAGGGAUGUGAUUCUCCCAGCAGAGUGGAAGAGCGCUCAGAACUGGGUGAGAUUACUCCAAGAUCCCCUCUGGAGCCUGUCUGCGAAGAUGGUCCCUUUGGUCCACUAGCCGUUUUCAGACAUCGAACUUCAGAGGAAUUGCGGGAGCUUUGGAAAAAGGCUAUAAUACAACAAAUUCUGCUUCUCAGAAUGGAAAAAGAAAACCAAAAAUUACAAGCCUCAGAAAAUGAUUUGCAAACUAAACGUCUUAAGUUGGAUUAUGAAGAGAUCACACCAUGCCUUAAGGAUGUGACUUUGGUUUGGGAGAAAAUGCUGAAUGUGCCUGGAAGAGCAAAGAUUAAAAUGGAAAUGGAAAAAAUUCAUGCAGCAGUUGGACAAGGAGUUCCUCGUCUUCACCGUGGAGAAAUCUGGAUUUUUUUGGCAGAGCAGUACCAGCUGAGACAUCCUUUGCCAAGUAAAAACAUGCUGAGAGAUAUUCCAUACAAAGAGCUGCUAAAGCAGCUGACCACCCAGCAGCAUGCCAUCCUCAUUGACCUGGGACGCACCUUUCCAACACACCCAUACUUCGCGGCCCAGCUGGGAGCAGGACAGCUGUCACUGUACAACAUUUUGAAGGCCUAUUCCUUGCUUGAUCCUGAAGUGGGUUACUGCCAAGGACUUAGCUUUGUAGCUGGGAUUCUGUUGUUGCACAUGGGUGAAGAAGAUGCCUUUAAGAUGCUAAAAUUUCUAAUGUAUGACAUGGGCCUAAGAAAACAAUAUCGGCCUGACAUGAUCACACUGCAGAUCCAAAUGUAUCAACUUUCUCGACUUCUUCAUGACUAUCACCGAGAUCUAUAUGAUCACCUGGAGCAGUACGAGAUCGGACCAAGCCUGUAUGCUGCCCCUUGGUUUCUCACCAUGUUUGCCUCUCAGUUCCCUCUUGGCUUUGUUGCCAGAGUCUUUGAUAUCAUCUAUCUUCAGGGAUCAGAAGUCAUCUUUAAAGUAGCUCUUAGCUUGCUCGGAAGCCAUAAGCCUUUAAUUUUGCAGCAUGAGAAUCUUGAAUCUAUCGUAGAAUUCAUAAAAAACACUCUUCCAAACCUGGGUCUGGUGCAAAUGGAGAAGACUAUAAACCAGAUAUUUGAAAUGGAUAUUUCGAAGCAGCUCCAGGCCUAUGAAGUUGAAUACCACGUUCUGCAGGAUGAGCUUAUUGAUUCUUCUCCACUUAGUGACAAUCAGAGGAUAAAUAAAUUGGAAAAGACGAAUAGUACACUGCGCAAAAAAAACUUAGACCUUUUAGAAGAGUUGCAGGUAUCCCAUGGAAGAAUUCAAAAUCUAGAAUCUACUAUAGAGAACUUACAAGGCAACGAGGCCAAGUUAAAGCAAUCUCUGCGUACAUUAGAACUGGAACGAUCAGCCUUACUGGACACAAUUGAAGAACUGAGAAGUCAGAUUAGAGAGAAAGAGGACUCCAUACAGAGAGAAACUAUUUCAAAAACUGCAGAACAGUAAUCCCUGCAAAGUGUCACCUACAUGUGUGCUACAUGAAUAUUUCUAUACAUUUUACAAGAUGCACGUACAUCGUCAGGAAUGGAACUCCGAUGAGGGAUUGUGGUAUCCAAUGUGGAAAGAAAUACCGUUGUGUUAAGGAAUCCUUUCGACAUAGAAUUCUAAUGUGAACAUGUUGGAGAAAACUCUAAUUUUUUAUUUUUGGAACCUGCAGUGUGAAAAGCCCACUAGAGCAUAUAAGACGUGACAAACUAUAGAAACUGAGAAAUGCAAAAGGAAAUUUAGUUUAAAUUGGUUCCACACUGCAGGAGUUUGACUCCAGUUAGGCAGACAUUGAGAUGUACAUCCAUUUGUUUACUUACAGUGAUUGAGUUAACGUUUGCGUCUUUGACUUUUUUUAUUUACCUGCAUUGCAGUAUCUAUAACUGUGUAUAUUGACCAUAGUUUUUAUAAGUAAGCUCUAUUUUAUUGUAUGAUUGCUGUGUUUUUACUUCCUUUUACUAAUACAUUUCAUCAUUCUUGAAACCCCCCAAAAAAGAUGCAAAUCCAUUUAAAAAAAAAAAAAAAAAAACUACAUUGUAGCCUAUUAGUCUUAUUCAAAAAAAGGUUAAGUCAGUGUUAAGAUACAUUUGUAGAAGUAAAGGUAUGACCUUCAUGAAUUUCAUUUCUAUUGGCAUUAACAUUUUACUGGUUCAAUACUUUUAGGACAGCAUGGCAAUCUUUAUUUUUAUUUUUUUCUUGUACAUUACAACUGGUUAAUUUGUUGCUGGUUUUUAUUAUUAGCAAUUCUAGUUAAUAGUCACUGUUUUGGGGGGUACACAGUCACCUUGGAAUUUCAUGUGUGGGGUUUGAAAAUGACUGACUAAGUUAAUACUUUUUGUAAAAGGGUAUAUUAACAAUGCUUAGCUAAAAGAACAUUGGAUUUUUUUUAGCAGCAUUGUUAAUGAUCUGACUUUAUAUCCUAAUCGAUGCACUUCAAUAUUGUAAAAUUAAUAUUUUGUUUUAUCAACACUGUUUGCGCUUGUUCUAUAGGAAUCCACAGAUUGUUGUUUUUGUCUUCCCUUUAAGUAUAUAAUUCUAACCAUCAAAUCCAUUUAAUUUCCAUUCAUAUGAUGGAUUCUGUAUUGUGACUGCAGAGUGGUUUCACUUCUGUGGGUUGAUGUAUGGGAUGUGCUGAAAAUGUGAAUGUGUCCUAUUUUGAUAUAUAAUAAUUGGAUAUGUAUCACAGUGUCAUCAAAGUCUAGCACAAUAUAAAAUCCAGUGUCCCUUAAUUUCUUAUUAUUUCUUAUUUCUUAUUAUUUCCCACUGCACACUGGGAAUAUGUGUACAGUACAUCAAAUCACAGCAAGCCAUUUUUAUUUUUCUUUAAUCCAUUUUGUUGCAUUAGAGUUUGCAAAAGAGUCUCUCAAAUAUGUUUUUACUAUAUCUGGUAAUGCAGUUUUGCUGAA